AUGGCGGAAUCAAAUGCAGAGCAACAACUAGAAUUUGAAUCAUUGAAGCUAACACCAGGAGAGUUCCUUGCCAUCGGCCUAGAUAUUACAAGGGGGAAGAAUCACUGGGAGUAUUUGAAACCAAGCGCAAAUGAUGAUCGAUUCCGAAAAGCGUUUGGAGCUGCCACCUUGACUUGUGCAGAAAUUUGGAAUGAUCUUGUUGUCCGUGGAGAAAUAGCAAAGACUAUGAAGCCUCGAUAUCUUCUUCUUGCACUCCGAUAUCUCAGCACCAACGAUACUCAAGACGACUUGAUGAUUCUCUUUAGCAUCGGCAGCAAGCAUACCAUCAAAGAUUGGACCGAUGCCUUUGUCCGAAAGAUCCAAAUGCUGCUGCAAGACAAAAUUCUUAGUUGGGAAGCAGUAGAUGAAGGAUUCAUUUUCUUCAUGACAGUUGAUGGAACCCAUUGUCGGAUUCACGAGCCCCGUCCUUUCUCAACUGCUUGGUCAAGCCACAAAUUUGGAGGGAAGGCCGCUUUGAACUAUGAGUUGGGUUUGAGCAUCCACAACCACAAACUCAUUUGGUUGUUUGGCCCAACGCCAGCAGGAAAGUACAACGACCUUGAAGUGGCUCGAAUGAAACUCUUUCCAACAAUGCGAGCGUACAAUGAACAACAUUCCAAGGAACCAGGUUUGAGAAUUCUUGCAGAUAACAUCUUUCAAGUCAGGGCCGAAGAGGACAUCGUUUCAACGGACAAUGAGUUGGACCCCAGGGAGCUUGCCAAAUUCAAAGAAAGAGCCAAGUCGCGACAAGAGAAGUUCAAUGAUCUGCUUAAAAAGUGGAAGGUGCUUGACACACCGUUUCGAUAUGAACAGGGCACGGAUUUUCAAGACCAACACAAAGCUUGCUUUGAAGCAGUCACAGCUGUUGUUUGCUACUCUCUUGACAACAAAACCAGCAACCUCUUCGAAUCCGACUAG